GGAGCGCGCGUGGCCGGAUCCCUUCCCGAGUGCGGCCCGCGACCAUGUCCCUGGGGCAGCGGCUGGCGCGGCUGGCCGUCAGCCUGCAGGAGCCGCAGCGGGUGGCGAGCUUCCAGCGUCUGUGCGGGGUGGAGGCGCCCCCCGGCAGCCCGGCGGCGGGCGAGGAUGCGGAGAGCGAGGUUCGCGGGGCCGCGGGGGACCCCCGCCGACGGGGACGCCAGCCGGCCGCGGAGCGCGGUCCCUCCGGCCCCGCCAAGCCCGACUGCUCCGGCACCCCCAACGGCGUGCGCAACGGGCUGGCGGCCGAUCCGGGCCCGGGAGGCCCCCGCCGCGCGGGCUCGCUGCGCCGCAACUCGUUGACGGGCGAGGAGGGCGAGCCGGUCAGGGUGAGCAACUGGCCGCUCUACUACCUGUUCUGCUUCGGCACCGAACUGGGCAAUGAGCUCUUCUACAUCCUCUUCUUCCCCUUCUGGAUCUGGAACCUCGACCCCUUUGUGGGCCGGAGGCUGGUGAUCAUCUGGGUGCUGGUCAUGUACCUGGGCCAGUGCACCAAGGACAUCAUUCGCUGGCCGCGGCCGGCCUCGCCGCCUGUGGUCAAGCUGGAGGUCUUCUACAACUCGGAAUACAGCAUGCCCUCCACGCACGCCAUGUCCGGCACCGCCAUCCCCAUCGCCUUGGUCCUGCUCACGUACGGCCGCUGGCAGUAUCCUCUUAUAUACGGGCUGAUCCUCAUUCCCUGCUGGAGUUCCCUAGUUUGCCUAAGUAGAGUCUACAUGGGAAUGCAUUCCAUCCUGGACGUCGUGGCCGGGUUCCUGUACACCAUCGUGAUCUUGGUCGCCCUCUGCCCGCUGGUGGACCUGAUCGACAACUUCAACCAAACUUACAGGUACGCCCCGCUCAUCAUCAUCGGGUUUCACCUGGUGCUGGGCAUCCUGUCCUUCACCCUGGACACCUGGAGCACGUCCCGCGGAGACACAGCCGAGAUCCUGGGAAGCGGCGCCGGGAUUGCCUGUGGCGGCCACGCCGCUCAUAACCUGGGUCUGCUGCUGGACCCCCCGCUGCCCACGCUACCCCUGGCCAGCCCCCCGCUCACCGCCGCGCUGGUCGGGAAAGCCGUGUUGCGGGUCGCCAUAGGCAUGGCGGUUGUGCUGAUGGUGAGAGACACCAUGAAGAAGGUCACCAUCCCGCUAGCCUGUAAACUCUUCAGUAUCCCGUGUGAGGACGUCCGCCGGGCGAGGCAGCACAUGGAGGUUGAGCUGCCCUACCGGUACAUCACCUACGGGAUGGUGGGCUUCUCCAUCACCUUCUUGGUCCCCUACAUAUUUUCCUUUGUCGGGAUCUCCUGAUAGGAGAAAUAACGCUUCGAUAUGAGAGAGGAGGCUGCCAGUUAUAUCUAAAAAAAAAAAAUAAAUAAAUAAAAUAAAAUAUUCCCUCCGGUCAGAGGGCUUUUUGCGAGAAUGUAACUUAGAAAAGUAAAUUCUGCAGCCGGUGCAUAUUUUUUACCGUUGCACGUCCAGAGGUCGUUUUAGGUGGGUCGCGCGCUCUCUCAGCACUGAGAAAGUCAGAAUGUUCACAAAAAAAAAAAAAAAGUUGGGAGAGCCCCGCGCUGUUGCAAAUUGUAAUUGUAUGUAAUAUAUAUCGAGGUACACAGUGUGCAUUCGCAUAUUAAGGUGCACGAGCGCAUCUAGUAUAUAUUAUAUACGCAUUUAUUUACCUAAGAACAGUCGGGGUGUAUUGACAAAAAUCAACAAUACACAGCGGCGCCCGCGUUUUCAGGGUUGAUGCAGGCACGUUGCUAGUAACCAGUGAGUUUAAUGUUUCUUUCCUAUGGGAGCCAAUUUCCUAGUUGAAUUGAUAAUUACAGACAGUCCACAUGCUACCACAUAUACUGAUUUACUGCCUCUCUUUACACUGCCAUCCCUUUCAUGUUAAUCCAUAAUGUUGAACAUGGGAGGCAUUUUUAACGGACCAAGUUUCUGGGAAAAAUCUGUUUCUUGGGUGUUUUGUUUUUGUUUUUUUUUUUUUUCUUUCUUUCUUUGUUUUUUAAAGUUCUGUACACUGUGUUGAAUGUACUUUUUUUUUUCUCCCUCAAUUCUUUUAGUCAUUAGUUUAAUAAUUCAGGUACCGAAUUUUAUUGCUUGCUAACUGUGCCUUUCCUUUGCCGAAUUGAGAGACGCCAUGUAUACUGUGAUUUAAAAGUGAGACUCUAAUUUUAUCUUAAGCCACAUAAUCAGGCAAAUAUUUAAAAAAUAUAUAUCAAACUAACAGAGUUAGAGGCAAACAACUCAUAACUCUUUAGACUUUUUUAAGAAAGAAAUGUGGAAUAGCUAAAUUUUCUCACUAAUUUAUUGGAAAGCUAGAUGGAUAAGUAUUUCCAUUUUUGUAGGUAUUUUUCUGUGUGUUGCAAGUUAUAGGAACAAUAUAUAUCUUAUGCACAUUGUCUUGAUUGUUUAUAGUGCAAGUAAAUAUUUCCAGUGAGUGGAAAUGUAACUGAAAUUUAUAGAUGAGACAAUGUUUCUACAUAAACAAGCCAUUUUUUCUAAAUUAUUUGAAAAGGAUGGAUUUCCCACUGUUAACUUUCAAUACUCCACUCUUUAGCAAUCUAAAGUAGAUUAUAAAACCCAAACAUGAAGUAUCUGUAGCUUAGAUUUUAUUAUUUUCCCAACUUAUUAUUUUUACAGUGGAAAAUUUGAGUGUAGUAUUAAACUAUCUUUUUUUCUGUCUGUGCCUUUAUAUUUUGAAGUGUGAUUGUAAUUAGGUUAACAUUAUAUUUAUUUGUAGUGAGCUUUUCAUAAAGAAGAGAAUUAACUUUCCAUAUACAUAAACAUCAGGUAUGGAGUUAACGACUUUAGUGCAAUAUCUCUGAUUAUUCAGAAAGUGGAUAUUUCUAUUUUGGACAAUAUAAGUAUUUGAGCUCAUAUUUUUUAUAAUUCUGAUUGAAAAUUUAGGGGCCUGAUAGUUUUUACCCAGAGUCUGAUCAGCUCUAAGCAAGUCAAUUUGGGCCCUUUGGCUACAAGGAGAAGAAAGCUUGGUGCUUAGGGAAAGGUCGGUACGUUAGGAGCUUGGAGCUGUGAAAAGCGCUGCUUUCUCAAAGGGUGUGCUCAGUGAAUCGAGCUACAAGAAGGGCUCCCACACUUUGGGUCUGUUAUCUUGUUAAUUUCUGUGUGUUGCUUGGAAAGAAUUUGAAAAUAUUCUAUUUCUUCGUGUCUUAUUAUUUUUUUGUUUGACAGUUCUAUGCUAAAUGUAUUUCAAAAUAAAAGCCAAAUCGAAGACUGAAA